GUAGAAGGGUGUGUUUGUAGACUUUUUACAUGCACCACCCUCUGCUCUCCAUCAGUGAGAUUUCACCUCACCAAACUUACUUGGAGCUUUAUUAGAUAGAUAGCACACUCACUCCUGAGCUUUGAAUUCAAACACACUUCUUCAGUCUCACGGCUCACACACACACACACAAAAGCACACAAGGUUUAAAUGCAGAUAUACUCUCCAGCGCUCACAAUGUGGAUGAAGUUACUCAUUUUUGUCUCUGGAUUACAUCUGGCCUUUUCCGGAUCAGAGAUUCCUACAGAAGUGCGGUCAAGGAGUUGCAGCUAUGUUGGAGUGUUUCAUGUGGAGGGGAGAGAUCGCUACAGUCUGACGUUUGAAGGGGCACAGAGCUUGUGUGAACAACUAUCAGCUUCAUUAGCCAGUCCAGAGCAGAUCACUAAAGCUCAUAAAGAAGGACUACAGACAUGCAGAUAUGGCUGGAUAAACAGCACACAGGUAGCGAUACUCCGUCACAAGCCACAUAAAUCAUGUGCAGCCAAUCAAUCCGGCGUCAUCAUCAAGAGUCCAGACACAAAUAAAUCUGAUGCCUUCUGUUACAUUGAAGAUUUGUCAGUGAAGAACUGUACACAUGCGAUUGACCCUGAUUCAACUGGUCCUGAGAAUUUAAAUAAAUCAGAUGACAACUCAACAAUUACAGAAGACACCACACAGCAGCCUCAUGCUGGAGAGGAAUAUUCGACACCAGAGUUUAAGACGAAUACUUCAGUUUACAGUCAUGGACUGUAUACUGAAGAGUCUGUAAAUACCACAUGGAGCCCUACUGAAGAGACUGAUCAAACGGCUGAUAUAAAUUACCAUAAAAAUAUAGGGGAAUCUAUAACUUUAAUACCUGAUACGGACGUCACAGAGCUGAGAAUGACAAAUGGGUCAUGGAAGAAUUUCUGGGAGACAACAGCAGUGAAUAUAGACGAUUCACAUCACAGAGAUGAUGCUACAAACAAAACAGAUUGGCUGAUCAUUGUGAUUGUAAUUGUGGCUGUCCUUUUCAUUCUGCUUCUGUGUGUAGCUGUAGCAACCAGAAAAAGCUGGUGUGGUAAGAAAAAGACUCUGAUUAUCACAUCAAAGAGCAGCAGCAAAGAAAACGGAACAUCAGUGUCCUUCACUCAGGAACAACAGCAGGAGAUGGUCACGCUCAUGAAUACUGAGAAGAUCCAAACAAACAGCAACUCUGAGUUUAUCAACAUCAGUCUGGACGAGCCAACAGAGAAAACACUGCAGGCAUAAGAACACAAGCAGAGUAGCAUUAUAAAUACGUAGACCAGAGAAACUGCCUGAAUAUCAAAAACAGAAGAAAUGAGAAGCCUAGAGAAUGAGAUGGACACUCAUUUCAGACCAGACAAAAGGAGGGUAAAGAAGACUGAGCACGUUAACAUGCACAUUACUCCCAAAAAUUAGCUUAUUUAAAAAAUCUGACAAAGCAAGAAAACCGUGUUUACAUGAGAUUUUAAAUAAUCACAUUAUUCCCUGCUUUUGAUGUCAAACCAUGAAGAGACGUGCUCAACACGUGCACAUAUUGGAUAAAUCGGUGAGAACACUAGUAAAGGUGUUUACAUGCCACACGAAAUCUACCCGUGUGGACCGGUUUAUUCUUAUGCCGUUUAUGAGCUUACACCAUUAAAAGAACACAGUUUAUUGUGUUUACAUGACCACACGCGUUGUCGGCUUAAGCAUAAUCGUGUAAGAAUGUGCAUGUAAACGUGCUCAUUGAGAAAGAUUGAGAAGACUGAUUUUGGUGGUGGUAAGAGUUUUUGGUCCAGCAAUUUCAUUAAUUCCAUUUCAGAGGGCAAGGUUGUAUUUUAUAUGUCCUAAUAACAUUUUUCUUUAUGUUUGCACAUUAGGCAUUUACAUAGUUAAGAAUUACAUAGAACAUGUCACAUAUGAUCCUAGUUGGUGUCAUUUUGUUUUGAAAAGUACUGAUUCACACAGUUGUAUGACCUUAUAAAUGUACCAUGCCGAUUUGUAAAGGAGAUCAGACAGCUUUAUAUUUACUCAAAUAUUUUUACAUUCUAAAAAAACCCCCUAUAUAUAUCAUUUUUUAACUUCUUAUAUAUAGUAAUCCGAAAUUGUUUGUACAUUUAUCUGGAUUUUUGCUUGAAGUAAUCAUUUAAUGUUAUCUUAGUCAAAAUAACAAUUAAAGACAAAUCAAAUCUUAUUUGAACAAUCAAUGCGAGCCUCUAGUAGAAUUCAGACAAUGUGUGUUGAUUGUGAAUGUCUAUGACACCUGUUUCCUAGCAACUUUCAAAUUCCACAUGACAUUUUUGCACCCUUGAAGAGCACUGCUUUGCUAGUUUUUAAAUCAAGUAGCUUUUCAGUAGUGAAGCUAUAUUUUUGAUUAUGUAGUGCGUAGUUUUGACAAAAGCUACACCGCUACAUCAUAAAUCACAUUGGUGUUUACUGUCGCCAGUUUUGAAUCAGAACUAAAGAUGUCCUACUCACAAAUAAAUCGCUCAUCUGAA